GAUUCUUUCAACGCCGUGGCGAGGAUUGCUCCGAUGGAAGAGAGCGGAGAGGAUUCUGGAUCGGAAGUCAGGCGUUCUCGCCGUUCGAAUUCCGAAGCGAAACAGCGAGAGGAUGCUCCAACGUUUCUGGAAGUGAUCUGCAAGUGUUCCGGGAAGAUUAGGCGUUUUUCCGUGGGAACUGAAGCUGGUUUUGCAGUGAAUUUGAUGAACAAGAAGUUGAUUAGUGAUGGUGGAAUGAAUAUUUCAUUAGCAACUUAUAUUGAGGCAUUUAAAGAAGGGGAAGAACCAAUUAGCUUCGGGCCUAGCUCAUUGCUCGUGGAUUAUGGAUCUGGUUGGAAGCUGCAAACUGUUGUAGAUUCACAGGGAAAUCGUGAAGCUCACACUAGACAGGUGCAAAAAGAAUCUCCUAAGGGAACCUAUGAUUCGAAGUCUAGAGGCUCCGGAAAUCAAAAUUCUAAGAUACAAUCGGGUUUCACACUUGUAUACAUGGGGAAGAUAUUGCUCGCUUUCCUUUUUAUGUUUAUAUUUGGCGCAAUUGUCACGUUGGGAUUGGAAAACCUUCCGCACCUCAUCUUAUACAUCAACUCAUUGGUAUGAAUCCUUUGUAUCUCAUUGUUAUUUUCUAUGUAACAAUAUUUUUCACGUAUAUGUUAACUUUUUUUUUUUUUGUCGAUCUUUAGCAAGUAAAGAUUUUGAUUUCUUCACACUAUUUGUCGGAACUAUUUGAGCCGUGGUAUGUUUAAUGUGCUUCAAUUUGAUCUU